CUCCGAGGUUCUUUCACCCUCAAGCCUUCAGCCUGGAAUCACUACGUAAUCAGGCACCAAGUGGUCCUUCCCGAUGAUCCUGCCCCCACAAUUCGGGUGGUGAUUUCGUCUUCAGCCGCCAGAGCUGUGUUGUGAUUCCGUCUUCGGCCGCCGGAGUGACUGCAGUCACUCCGGCUGAGGACGAAACACAGUUUCCAAUCCUACGAUCCCAAACGAUAAAGUCAUCUUGAACAAUCGUUUGAGGCCGAUUGUUUAUCGUCUGGGGCCGAGUCGUUAUUUCCCCCAGUCGUUCCUUCCAUCUGCAAGCAUAACUGUGUUUCUGCCUUAGGGUGAUCCGACCACUCGUUCCUUCUUCAUCCCAACUAAUGACACCACUGACACUGCUCUUGCAGAGAUUUUAUCUCCACCGGUCUCCUGCCUGCUCUGUGCCUUUGGAAUUCUUCCUGCCCUCCAACUCUUCUCCCUUUGACACUUCCUGCAAAGGGUUUUGGCUCAAGACCUCCACCGCCAGUUCCCUCUGCUUUGUCGUGUCCUUCGGACCAUCGGAUCUCUCGCUCACCUCCCUCGACAACGACCUUUGAUUUUUCCAGGUCGUUACAAUGGCACAGUCUCGUGACGGGACGUUCAAUCCGUCCUCCCCUCAUUCUUCGAGCGGCGCGGCGGAUUCCUACAAACACGAUGGUACCCCCGAUACUCGUUUGACUGCCUUCUCACCCGAUGACGGCUCGGCCAGAUCGAACAAACUGUACGCCGGCAUCACCGGCAUGAGCCUCAACGGUCCCACCAACCACUCAUUGUUUCAUCAGAAGUCGACGGAGCACUUCGGUAAUGUUGCUCCUGUGGCCGAAAAGGACCCGUUCAUUUCCAGCAACGCGACCCCCUCCAAGUCGACAUUGGACCAGAAGCUCUCUCCGACCGCUUCCGCCUUCAGGCCCUUGUCUGUCCCAGUGGUCGCUCAUGGUUCCCUCAAUGGACAACAGGGUCCCUCCAAUGGCCCUCAGCAGAACUUUCGAUCGCUAGCCAGCGCCGCUAGCCCUCUCUCUGGCCGUUUCAGCACUGAGCUAGGGAUCACUCAUUAUGUCACUAUCUUCUCUUCCACGGCUUCCGUAACCUUGUCAGAGGUCGAAACGUAUCUUGAGAAACUGAGUCAGUUUGGUUCACCUUGCCAGGGUAAGCGCGUCAUCUUCGCGAAGGAUGGGAGAGUUUAUUUGUUUCUCUCCAACAUUCGCGAUGCCACCAACAUUCACGAGAAUGUUCAGCUCGGUUCCCAGGACUGGCGUGCCCAGUAUAUUACCGCGGCGGAGUUUCACCAGGCCCGCAAUCCUGGUGAGAAUCACCAGCAGGUUUCGGAUGGCUUGCUCCGGGCUAUCGCGUUCCCUCAAGAGAGCGCGAAUUUUGACGUUUUCCACACCAACACUGUGGUCCGCACUCUCAUGGAAUCUCAUGGUGAGGUCCUUGCCUUUCGCCAGCUAUCCGGGACGAAAGACAUUCCUUUCCACGCCACGGUUGAAUUUUGUGACUGCGAUGCCGCCAUUACUGCCGCAGAGGCCCUCAAUGGUCGCACUUUCAAUGGCGUUUACCUGAACUUGAUUUCUGCCCUCCCCGACGCCACCUGCGGAGCCUACCAGCCUUUUGAUGUGCAUGCUCCCCGCGCUCCGAGAAGCCCGGUUCAGGACAUGGCCAACCUGUUUCAGAGCAUGGGUAUCUCGAAGCCUUCUCAUCAUCAACAGAUUGUGCCCUCUGGGCAUCUUGCCCAUUCGCCGGCCAGUGGGAUGCAAUUGCCCCAUCAGCAGAUGGCCAUGUAUCCCACUGUAGUCUAUCACGGUAUUCAGCACAGUUUGCCGGCUCGCUACGUUCUCGACCACACUCCCACACGCAGCCAGGGCAUUUCUCCCAUGAGUCCCAUGACCCCGAUGACUGGCGGCAUGCCGGUCAUGGCGCCGUUGUAUACUCCGCCUAGCACUCCGUUAGCGUUUCACCAUGGCGACUACGCUAGUCCCAGGGGCAUGCAGCCCUAUCGUAUGGAUGGUCGUCGUCAGAACGCCAUGCGGGUCAAUCGGUCCCCUUACUACAAUGCCGCCGGCCAUCACAACCAUGUUGAUGUCAACAAGAUUCGGGAUGGCAUCGAUGUCCGCACCACAAUUAUGCUGCGAAACAUUCCGAACAAGGUCGACCAAGCGAUGUUGAAGAAGAUUGUGGAUGAGUCCAGCUGGGGCAAGUACGACUUCAUGUACUUGCGAAUCGACUUCGCCAACGACUGCAAUGUCGGCUAUGCGUUCAUCAACUUUGUUGACCCGCUCGACAUCAUCGAUUUCGUCAAUGCCCGUGGCAACCAACGUUGGAACUGCUUCAAGAGCGACAAGGUUGCCGAGAUCUCAUAUGCCACUAUCCAGGGCAAGGACUGCCUUGUCCAGAAGUUCCGCAACAGCUCUGUUAUGCUGGAGGCCCCUCACUAUCGCCCCAAGCUUUACUUCACGCUCAAUGGUCCCAGACCUGAGUUGGCUGGUGAAGAGGAGGCUUUCCCGGGCCCGGACAACCAGUCCAAGAUGAAGAGGAGCUGUGAAAACGCUGAGCAUGUUGGCCUCUUCACUCCCAAUGCCGGCCAGCAUUUUCGUGACGAGCAGCGCCGCCGCCGCUCUCAAUACGACCGUGGAACCAGACUUGCUGCGCUUGAGGAGUACGACUAUGACUCCCACAUCCAGCAGCCUAGCCUCUACAUGGGCUAAUCAAGAACCAACUCGGCAUCAUUACCUACCAACCUUUCAGUCACCGAAGAUUGGCGACACUCGGAUAUCCUUCCUUUGAUCAUCUUAUUUUGAUGAUGUCAUGAAGUUGCUUCUUAUUUUGGUUCGCUUUGCUUUGCCAUCUUUGACAAAUCAUCAAAGUUGAUGAUGAUCUGAGGCGAGGAAAUGGGAUCAGUAUCUGGUAAUCGGUCAUCAUCUUUAGCGGGUGGUGUCUUGGGAGGAGAAACUGGGAACGGGUAAUAGGCACUCUGAAGAGGCGGUGCAUCCUUACAGGCAAUCGCGAUGGUUUGAGCGGGAAGAUUGGGCUAGUCACAGAGGGUUUCUUGAAACCUUGGUGGUCUAGGAAAGGUCGAUCGUCCGAUACCACAGCGUGUUGUUUCUUUUGGCAGCGGAAUCAAGAACGAACUGUGCUGUGCCCAAGUUCAUAUAGAUUUUAAACAGUGU